AUGUUCCAGAAAGGGGACUUGAUCGUCUGCCAGACUGAAAGGCAAUCGUUGUUCUACGGUGAUGCCGACACUAGAGGUUGUCACGUUUUGACAACAGCUAGUGCUUGUGUACAUGUAGCUAAAUGUAACAAAUCAAACAUGGGAAAGGCACGGAAGAAGAGCACUGGAGGCACAAGCUCAGGCCCCACAAGCCCCUCAAACAACCAACUCGAGAUUAAUACCAAAGACAAAGUUCCGCAUUCUGCUCAACCGAAUACGCAGUCUCUGAAAGAGCCCUCUUUUCCGAAAGUCUUUCCUUCAACUGCAGCAGGGGGAUUUGUGAGAGAUGAUAUAGCAGCAAAGGUCGACUCCCGCAAGACUACUCGACAGAUGUUGGUUGGCGCUAUUUCGAAGAAAGUGGGAAAAUUCUUGAUACCCGACAUCGCCAGAAUUGAUCACCUUCUUUGGCUCUUCAAAGCAAAGGUUGACAAGGAUCUCCGCUUGCCUCAAAAACCCGAGUUUAGUCAGCGCCCUCGUGUCCUGAAAGAAGACCGCUUGAAGGGCGAGACAGUAGAAGAGCUUCGACAUGCUCUGCAAGUAUAUGCUCCACACAUAUUUGUGUACUCGAUCGCUUUGAGGCCCUCAUGUCUCAUUGAUCUCUACGUCAAAUUUGUUAUCGAAGGCAAUCUUCCCCCCGAGCGUACCCCUGUCCUUGGCUUUCACUAUGCUGUCAUAGACAAAGAAGAAUGA